AGGAAUGGGUAGAAGGAAAGACUCUUCCAGUUCCCCAAUUACUGCCCCGGGGGUCUUACAGCUCUGUUCAUGGUUCCCCUCUAGUCCGCUAGCUGGAAACCAAGUAUGCAGAGAUUCACAAAGCAACAUAAGUUUCGGACGGCUUCGUUGAAUAUGAACAUUUCUUAGGUAUAUGAGUCUUCCAGGAGCUCUCAGAAGGCGCGAAAAAACAAAAACGCUCAAGAAAAUAUCUGUAGGCCGGGUGUAAAUCCAAGCUCUCACCCCUUGCUGGAACUCUGCAGAGAUGCCUGAGGUACGGGACCUAUCAGAGGCCUUGCCAGAGAUGUCUUUGGACCCAAUCACUGGUGUUGGAGUAGUAGCUUCCAGGAACAGGGCCCCCACUGGAUAUGAUGUGAUAUCUACAACAACAGAUGGCCUGGAUGCAGAUUUGUGGAAAGAUGGCCUUUUCAAAUCCAAGGUGACCCGUUACCUCUGCUUCACCAGAGUUUUCUCAAAAGAAAAUAGCCAUUUAGGCAAUGUUCUUGUGGACAUGAAACUGAUCGAUAUAAAGGACACUUUGCCAGUGGGUUUCAUCCCAAUCCAGGAGACUGUCGACACUCAGGAGCAGGCCUUCAGAAAGAGGCGACUUUGCAUCAAGUUUAUUCCAAGAGACUCUACAGAGGCAGCUAUCUGUGACAUCCGUAUCUUGGGACGCACCAAACAGGCCCCUCCUCAGUAUACCUUCAUAGGCGAGCUCAACAACAUGGGAAUCUGGUAUCGCAUGGGGAAUGUGCCCCGUGCUCAGGACUCAACGCAUACACCAACAGCCAACAAUAUCCAAAAUGCUAAUUCCUCCACCGUCCAAGUCCCAGCUGCUCCUUUGCCCAAACAUAUUUCCAUGACCCUUCCGGCUAGCUUCAGAGGAAAGAACACCACCAGACCAGACUAUGAGCACCAGAACUCCAGUCUUUACGCUAUCUCAGCAAUGGAUGGGGUGCCUUUUAUGAUUUCUGAGAAGUUUGCCUGCGCCUCCUCUGAUCUGCAGCAGAUGGAUCUGAUGGGCAUUACAAUCAAGUCUCUAGCUGAGAUUGAAAAAGAGUAUGAUUACAGUUUCCGCACUGAGCACAGUGCAGCAGCUCGCCUCCCUCCGAGUCCAACACGAACCUCGCUGAGCUCUGAAGCCUGACGCUCAUCUCCUUAAACAACUCUCUUGUAAUGAAUACCAACAUGAGAGACUGGAGUACUGAGUACCUACCCACAACAAACAGUAAAAACCACCAACCUCUCCAAGAUGGCCACCCUGAGAAGGACGUCAAAGUCCAGCUGGAGCCUUGUAUGUGCUGACUGAAAACACUGCAUACAACACAAAGCAGCUGCCUUUUAAAGGACAGAGGUUAUGGAUUUGUUUUUUUCAGCAAAUGUAAAAUAAUCUCACUAAUAAAUGUUACUUCAAGAUAAAGGAUGUGUUACAAACAUGGUGAAAGGGUCCCAGGGUCGGUAAUUAUAAUGGAGGACAUUUGUUUGGGUUUUGCUCUUCAUCUAAAGGCAGAUGUGCCUCCUUUUGAAGUACUUGCUGCUGUGUUCUGAAUCAACACGUCAAGAGGGAAGUUCAAGUUCUUCUAGCCUUUAUGGGAAAAAUACAUUGUUCUCUUCUUGUUACUGUAGUAUACUGGUUUGACUGUAAGCACACUUUGUGUUUGGGACUUUGGGUGUUCUUGCUGUUUGCCUGAGAUAUCCUGUAACCACUUCUACAUCUUUUUACAUGAGCCAACAUCUGGAUAGCAUAUGAAACCACUGUUGCAGUUUGCCAACUCCUAACACAGCUUCCACUGCUAAAUUACAAAUAACACUAUAAGUCUCAACUGAACUAGUUGACAAAUAGUAAAUGUGCUUGGAUAUUAACAUUAGAGAAAACAAAAAUACAUUACCAUCAUUAUACAUCAUUUUGUAGAAAUAAAAUGUGCAUUUUUGUUUUACUGGUUAAAUAAUCUCCUUGGUCGUUUUAACCCACUUGUGACGUAUUAGUUUGAAGCUCAUUUGCUGUUUAAGUAUCUAAUCCAAACAGUCAAAGGGAAGACCUUAUAGGAUAUGUAUUUUAAUUGUUUUCUAAAAAGUGCUCUUAAGUUGAAUUUAUGGUUCACAUAUUGAAAGAAACAUACCUCAACUUUGGAUUUAAAAGCUUCUGCUUACUUUGUUUUCAGCUUAAACCAGCAACAUCGUAUCUAAUGAAAUUACAGGAAUUAUGAACAAUAGCGAGAGGUCAAAGGAGUUUUCAGUCACUGCUCUUUUGUAACAAACCACUAACAGCAUAAUAAUGGAGUAGCUUCAUUCAAUUUUAGAUCUUUUUUGUUCCAUUAUUGCUGCUAUGGUCUGCCGCUCAGUGAGACAUUUCAUACGUUCUUUUUUUUAAAACUUUUGUUCCUAUUGUCUAUUUACACUUUUUAUCUUUAUGCUCAAGCUUUUGGGAGCCCACAACCAGACCAGUAUGCACCAGUUACAGUAUGAUUGGUAAAUAUGAGCACUGUAUUCACUCUGUUUUUGAUGCAUUUCAACUCCUGAUAAUUUAAGAAUAUUGGUUAAAAAUCAGACACUUUUCUACUGCCUAAAUAACUCCAAAUGUUUAUUGAAUGUUGGUAUUUUCACUAUUGUCAAGUCACUACAACAGAUUGAUGAAUUUAGCUAUUUUUGAGUGUAUAAUUUAUUAGUCUAUUUCAGUAUUGUGACCAUGUUUGCUGUUUUGUUUGUUAGGGCCAUGACAUAGAAAAAUGCCCUUUGCACUGUUGAUAAUAUUGCCAGGAUGAAAAAGUAAGUCCAUAUCCUUGCUCUCAUUUAAGCUAAUCCGGUAUCAUUUCCUAGACUUAGUACUCACUUCAAAAACAGUUUAGCUAAAUAGUUUAGAGUUCACUAAUUCCAGCUAAUCCUGUUUUCAAAGUGUUUUGGUGACACAGUGAAGCAUCAGAAGAUAUAGGAUAUUUUAAGGGUAAUAAUCAAAGAUUUUGUUUCAUUGAACAGAUUUUAUUCUUUGGUGUAAACAAAGUGUAAACAAAUCAACUUUAAUGGAAAUUGUGUUACAAGGUUUAAUUAAACUGUGAUGAACAAAAGUC